GAGGCGGGGUUGUUUUUCCUGCCUGUCUCCGAGUUCUAGGAGAUGCUGGUGAUCCAGGAUCAGAUAAUCCAUGGAUGUCUAGGAAGGACAGCAGAGAAUUUCUUGCUUUAAGCCAGGAACGGUCUAUGGUGCUUCCUUGUUGAAUCUCUCCCUUGCCUGGAUGUCUUGGGGAAGCUGAUACCUGCUAGACAGCCCGUGUAGCCAGUGGGAGUUGAAUGGUGUAAGCGCUGCUGCCGUGGGGCAGAAGACCGGCUCAUAUCGCAAUGGCUCUGACCAUCGAGACAGAGUCACGGAUCUACCGCUCCUUGCGAGCCGUUUCCGGCAUCACUGCCCACCUUGUCUCACUUGGUUUCACCAUCUUUGUGGCCAUACUGGCCAGACCUGGGUCAAGCUUGUUCUCCUGGCAUCCUUUCUUAAUGUCACUUGCGUUCUCCUUCUUGAUGACUGAAGCCCUGCUGGUUUUCUCCCCGGAGAGCUCGCUGCUCCGCUCCUUCUCUCGCAAAGCCAAGGUCCGCUUCCACUGGGCCCUGCAGCUGCUGGCCCUCCUCUGUGCCCUGCUGGGCCUGGCUAUCAUCAGCUACAACAAGUACCUUAACAGCAAGGCCCACUUUGUCACCUGGCAUGGCCUGACAGGCCUGCUGACCGUGCUCUAUGCCAGCAUGCAGUGCGUAGGCGGCGUUGCUCUCCUCUACCCCAAGCUGAUGAAGAACUGGACGCUGGCCAAGCUGAAGGUCUACCAUGCCACAUCGGGGCUGGUGGGUUACCUCUUGGGCUGUGCCAGUUUGAUGCUGGCCAUGUGCUCCUUGUGGUUUACCACCACAGUGACAGGUCUUUCCUGGUACCUGUCAGUGCUGUGCCCCAUUCUCACCAGCCUAGUUAUCAUGAACCAGGUGAGCAAUGCUUAUCUCUACCGCAAAAGGAUCCAGCCCUGAGGUACCACGCUGAAACCAAGUUUCCCUGGGAAUGUUCAAGGUGCCACGCACAGUUCCUGGGGCAUUGGACCAGGGAAGUCACCUGCUUAGGGUGUCUCUGGAGCUAGCUUUCUAACUAACUCUCUAUUUUUAAUACUGGAAAUGUCUAUAGCAUUGUGCCCACUCCAUGAAAUUGCUCUUCCCAGAAUGCCUAGCAGCCCUGGGCAUGGUGGUAUAGUUGCCAUCAGACACUGUGUGUGACAGACAGAAGCCAUUUAGCCCAUAUGUGCUUUGGUGCUGAAUGGUUUCCCAGCCAUACGCAGGUCUAGUAGCUGGAACAGCUGGGUGCUUAUCAUCGGAGCCCCGUAUGAACUACUCCACACUCAGACUUCAUACAACCAGAGGCGAAAGGAUUAAAGCUGGAAUUCAGAACUGCUUCCCCUGGUUGGGCUCAACACUAGUGCAGAAUGUUCUCAUUGAUAAAGCACCAGGGCUGUAUUGCAGUGGGGGGGACUUGUUAUAUCCCUUUGUAAUUAGGCAUGUCUGGAAUUUUCCCU